GCCCCCGCCGCUCCCGGCAGCUCCCGGCGGGGCUGCCCCCCGCGCGGUGCGGAGGCAGCGGUUGGUGAGCGCGUUAUGUGAAGUGCCCGGCCCCUGAAGCGCCGAGCACCGCGAAGGCUUCAGCGAUCGCAGGUGACGUGCGGCACGCCCACGGGCGCUGGGGGAGCCUCCUGAAGGUCAGACGACUAAGACAGGACAAUGGAUUGGGGAGCUCUGCAUACCAUUUUAGGAGGUGUAAAUAAGCACUCCACCAGCAUUGGGAAGAUAUGGCUCACAGUCCUGUUCAUCUUCCGCAUCAUGAUCCUGGUUGUGGCUGCAGAGAGAGUCUGGGGAGAUGAACAAGAUGACUUCAUCUGCAACACUCUGCAGCCUGGUUGCAAGAAUGUUUGCUAUGAUCACUUUUUCCCCAUCUCCCACAUCAGACUCUGGGCCCUGCAGCUGAUCUUUGUCUCCACACCUGCGCUGCUGGUGGCCAUGCACGUAGCUUACAGGAGGCACGAGAAGAAAAGGCAGUUCAGGAAGGGAGACCAGAAGUGCGAAUACAAGGACAUCGAAGAAAUCAGAAGACAGAGGUUUCGUAUUGAGGGCUCCCUGUGGUGGACGUACACCAGCAGCAUCUUCUUCAGGCUGAUCUUUGAAGCAGUCUUCAUGUACGCGUUUUAUUUCAUGUAUGACGGGUUCCGAAUGCCUCGCUUAAUGAAGUGUAGUGCUUGGCCCUGCCCCAACACGGUGGACUGCUUUGUUUCUCGACCUACUGAAAAGACAGUGUUCACUAUUUUCAUGAUUGCUGUGUCCAGCAUUUGCAUCCUUUUAAACGUGGCUGAAUUGUGUUACUUACUGACAAAAUUUUUCCUCAGAAGAUCUAAAAAAGCUGGGAAUCCAAAACACCAUCCCAACCAUGAGAAUAAGGAAGAGACCAAACAAAAUGAAAUGAAUGAGUUAAUAUCUGAUAGCUGUCAGAACACAGUUAUAGGGUUUUCAAGUAGCUAAGGACACGUCAGUGCUGGUGUUCACUCUUUUUGGAGUGAAUGUUGUUUAAGGGCUCCACAUGACAUUUGUUACAUGAAACAGUUUAAGUUUGAGACUUUGAUACAUAGUGUCAGGUGUCAAUUAUGCACACGUUUGAAAAUAGGCAGGGCAGCCUAAACAUGAAAUUUGUGUAAGGAUUAAAUAGGAAAGUGUAUUUCCUGUGAGUGCCUUUACAAGCUGUCUAUGACAAGUGGGAAACACUCCUUCAUGCUGACACAGCUGCUGGAAACUACAUGCAACAGCAAUAAGAACAAAAUUCUUUCAAAGCUAGAUUUUCUAGUAUUAAAAGAUGUUUUGUAAUUAGUGAUAGUUUUUACUUGUGAACUGACAAAAUGUUUUUUCUAAAAUCUAAGAUUCCAUGUUACUUAAGGUGUCAUAGUACACAACUGACUGUUUUGUUUCUUAACCAGACAUGCAGAUGAACCUUCAAUGCGGCAUUCAUAGGGAAGAGACAGCAAUAGGCUACAUCUUUACAGCUUUGCAAGACCUGCUUGAGUCUGGACAGGUAGCUUGAGAUGCCUGCUUGCACACUGCUGACUGUAGGGAAGGUGUGUUAAAGGCCACUACCUGUAGUGUGGAUAAUUGAGGUAGCUAGGUCCUGAGUUGAGUGCAAAGUCAUGCUUGAAACCAGCAUGACUAUAUAGAUACAGCCUAAGUAGACUAGCUUUAAACAUCUAGCAGACCUGGUAAUCCUUCCAAUCUUUUAAUUGCAUACUACCAGUUUUAUAGCAACAUACACAACUUUAUGUAAAUGUUUAUUUCUCUUAAUGCAUUAGCUGUGUUUGUUUCUUUAUGCUAUAUCACAUGGAACUUUUUUGUUUUGAUUUUGCUUUUUUUUGUGGUAGACUGGUGCUGUUAUGAAACUAGGGGCUCUUUGGUUUGAAGGACGUGGAAAAGUAUCACUGGAAACAGAACAAGUCUUCUGAAUAAAAGGCAAACACUAACCUUUCUCAUUGAA